AUGGGUUCCGUCAGUCCCAAUGAGACCUUCUGGGCCAAGCACGACAAAUAUGUCAUGUCAACAGGCGUCCCUGCCUGCCCAGUCGUCAUCAGUAGGGCCAAGGGCACUCGCCUAUACGACGCGUCCGGCCGGUCCAUCCUUGACUUCACAUCGGGCCAGAUGAGCUCGCUGCUGGGCCACUCGCACCCUGAGAUCGUCGAGGUGGUUCGGCAAUCCGUGGGCGAGCUGGACCACCUCCUCUCGAACAUGGUCACGCAGCCGGUGACGACUGAGGCUGCUAUCAAGAUGGCCAAGCUGUACACGGGCAAGUUCGAGAUUGUGGCGUUCAGCGCGUCCUACCACGGCUUGACCUCGGGUUCUGGCAGCGCGACCUAUUCCACCGGCCGGAGGAACGGUGGCCCUACGAUGCCAGGGCAGCUUGCUUUUCCGGCACCAUAUGCCUACCGCUCGAUGUUCCGCAAGGCCGACGGGAGUUAUGACUGGGAGAAGGAGCUGGAUUUCGGCUGGGCGAUGAUCGACCGGCAGUCAGUGGGAUCCCUAGCGGCCUUCAUCUUGGAGCCGAUCCUAUCCACUGGCGGUAUCUUGGUCUUGCCAAAGGGCUAUCUCGCACGCAUGGCCGCCGAGUGCCAGAAGCGCGGGAUGCUUCUCAUCAUGGACGAAGCGCAAACAGGGGUAGGCCGGACGGGGAAGAUGUUCUGCUUUGAGCAUGAGGAGGGCGUCGUGCCGGACAUCUUGUGUCUGUCAAAAACACUAGGAUGCGGCUUGCCAUUGGCAUCUGUGAGCACGACUGCUGAAAUCGAGAGGGGGCUCAGGGACGCUGGGUUCCUCUGGCUGACAACCCACCUGAACGACCCGCUGACUGCAGCAGUGGGGUGUAAGGUUCUGGAGAUUGUGGAGAGGGACAAUAUUGCGGAACGGGCCGCCGAGAGGGGAGAGCAGCUUCACAGGGGGCUGCUGAAGCUGCAAGAGAAAUACUGGUGCAUUGGUGACGUGCGAGGUAUAGGACUGAUGCAGGGCAUUGAGAUCAUCUCGGACAAGGAGGCAAAGACCCCAGGGCCAGAGAUUGGACAGGCUGUCGGUGACAGAGCAAUGGAGAACGGGCUGUCAUGCAACAUAGUCAACCUCCCUGGCAUGGGGGGUGUUUUCAGGCUGGCACCUCCGGUAACUGUGUCGGCGGAUGAGAUCGAGGAGGGUUUGAGGAUUCUGGAUGAGUCGUUCGGAUAUGUACUCAAGCAGAAGGGGCUGCUGGGUUAA